AUUUUUAUAAACAAAGAGAAAAUUUUGGAUGCGUCUUUCACUCUCUUUGUGAUUUCUUUGAAUACGCCAAUUUUUUGUUAAUCAUUCUCAGAUCACCAUGGCAAAAAGCUCCUUCAAAUUGGAACACCCGCUUGAGAGGCGACAGGCUGAAGCUGCUCGUAUCAGGGAGAAGUACCCUGAUAGAAUACCGGUGAUUGUUGAGAAAGCUGAAAGAAGUGACAUCCCUGACAUUGACAAGAAAAAGUAUUUGGUUCCCGCAGAUCUGACUGUUGGCCAAUUUGUGUAUGUUGUUCGCAAGAGGAUUAAGCUCAGCGCUGAGAAGGCUAUUUUUAUCUUUGUGAAGAAUAUCCUCCCCCCUACAGCUGCCAUGAUGUCUGCCAUUUAUGAGGAACACAAGGAUGAGGAUGGCUUCCUGUACAUGACCUACAGUGGCGAGAAUACCUUCGGAUCCUGUUUCUCUGAAUCUUCAGAAUCAAGCCGAUUCGUCUGCAAUGGCGACGUUUGUGUUCUUCGCGAUCACAACAAAGUCACUGAUCAAAAGAAGAAGAAGAAGAUAAGCUUGAGGAUCCCUUUUUCUCCGCGUAAAUAGUGAAAAAACGAACGAGUGAAUGUAUUACUUUCAAAUCGAGAUAGAUCAAUUGUUUUUUCUUUCAUAUAUGUGAAAAAUGGCUCUGUUUCUGAUCUUGUACAACAAGAUUUCUGGCUGAAGGUUGAAUUACCGCAACGUAG